AUGUCGACAGAGAGCAAGCAGCCCAGCAUCAAAGCCUACGGCCUCACCCGCCAUGGUCAGCCCUCUGAGGUGCUCCACCUGGUCGACGUACCCAAGCCGCAGCCGGGUCGGCGCGACCUCCUUGUCCGUAACGUUGCCGUUGCCACCAACCCCGUGGACAUCAAGAAGAUUACCAACUGGGGCGGCGACGUGAACGCCCCGGUCGAGUCGCCUAUCAUCCCCGGAUGGGACGCGUCGGGUGUGGUGGAGGCAGUGGGCGCCGAGGUGACCCUCUUCAAGGCCGGCGACGAGGUCUACUUUGCUGGCGUUAUCAACAGAGCGGGCAGCUUUGCUGAGUACACCACUGUUGAUGAGCGGCUCGUCGGGCGCAAGCCCUCAUCUCUCACCCAUGAGGAAGCCGCCGCCCUCCCGCUCACCAGCUUGACGGCGUGGGAGCUGCUGGUGGAGGGCUUCGGCAUCCCCGUGCCCGCCGACGUGGGCGAUGAGACCAUCAACCAGCACAAGACCCUCCUCGUGCUGGGCGGCGCAGGCGGCGUGGGUUCCAUUGCCCUGCAGAUCGCCAAGCAUGUGCUGAAGAUCGGGAGAGUGAUCGGGUCUGCUGCCAGGCCUGAGACGAUCGAGUACAGCAAGGCCCACGGAGCCGACGAGACCAUCAACCACCGCAAUCCCCUCGCCGAUGAGCUGGCCAAGCUGGGCCUCAAGGGCGUGGACUUCAUCUUCAACACAAGCGAGCCGGAGCCGGUGAUCGAUCAGCUCAUCCAGCUGGUCAACCCGCUGGGCAAGAUCGGCCACAUUUUACCCAUCCAAACGCCCAUCAACACUGCUCCUCUCUUCGGGAAGCGCGGCUCGCUUGUGUUCGAGUUGAUGUUCACGCGCGGCUUGUACGGCGUGGAGCCGGAGAAGCAGGGCGCCAUCCUCAACAGGGUGGCGUCGCUGGUUGACGCCAAGGUCCUGCGCACGACGGCUAACCACAGGUUCGCGUGGGACAAGCUGGUGGACGCGCUCGAGCUGCAGGACAGCGGAAAGGCCAUUGGCAAGAUCGUCCUCACCGUCGCUUUUUGA